GAAAUUGCAAAUAAAACUUGCUUCUCCAUUCAGGGAUACGAAUACGCAUUUGAAUUUAUUUAUUAUCAUUUAUAGAACAUAUUUUAAUUAAAUGAUAUCAUUUUGGAUUAGAUUUUUUAGCCUAAAGUUUGGAUCCGAAUCCGAAUUCACUGAUGUUCAGCAAGGUGUUUUUUUUGUUGUUUUUUUUAUAACAUCCAGGAAAAAAAAGAAUUAUUUUAUUGUUAUUAUUGUUAUACAUUUAUUUGUUUAUAUAUUUUGUAUAUAUUUAUUUAUUUAUUUAAUUGUGAUCAAAACGAAUGCAAAUGCUCUUCUACAGGAAUGCAAACGCCGUGAAACACCCCGCCCCCCCUCCCUCAAUGAACACCACAAACACUCACACUCACACACACACACACACAAACACAGACACACACACCUCCUUCCCUCAGCAGGUCAACAUUUAAACGCAAAUGAACUUUUUUCUUUUCCUACUAAAAAAAGAGGGAGACAUUUCCUCCGGCUGCAGUCCACAAAGCGCUCAUGUCUGUUUCCUCAAAGGCACAACAACAAAAAAAAUCAGGGAAGUGACCCUCCAGCCUGCAGUGGCGUUUUAAUGCACACACACACACACUUGAACAUACAGCUGCAGAACUCGCUUGAUUACACACACACACACACACACACACACACACACACACACACACACACACACACACACACACAUACAGUUUAAACGUUACGGCAUUUGAUUUAUGCGCAAUAAAAAAAACAAAACAAAAAAAAAACAUGCUUAACACAUGAAUUAUUUAAUCCAGUCGUGUGUGUGUGUGUGUGUGUGUGUGUGUGUGUGUGUGUGGGUGUGCGUGUGUGUGUUUCUAUUUUUAAAUAAAGAAAUGAGUAAACAAAUUAAAUAAUUCUUGGAAAAAGAAAGAAAGAAAAUGAGCGCGCUCCCGUUUUGGCGGCCGCGCGCUUUUAUUUAUUUAACGCUCCGAGCGCGCAGAAACGGCGGAGUGGGGGUGGAGGGUGGGGAGGUGGUUAGGGGGUAAAAGGGUAAGGGUGGGGUGGUGUGGGGGGGUUAAAACGAAAACGGCGCGGUAGGCUACAUCCUAGCGGUCGCUAAGCGCAAUGGGCUGAACUUAAAGCCCUGCGGGGUGGGGAGGGGAGGAGGGGGGGUUUAAACUCCCUCUGCCGCGCCACGCAGCCUCCACACGCGGAAACUACGGGGCGCAAAGCGGCGACGGCCAGCAGCCCUGCUCCACGCGCUCGCGCAACUUUCAUUACUAUUAUUAAUAUUAGUUGUAUUAUUUUCUAUCAGUCCACGCUGCUGACAUCCCGAGAAACACACAGCCGAACACUCGCCCGACUUUUCUUUCUAUUCUUUUUUUACAUUUUUUUACCGUCGGGGUAAAAAAACACCUGGAUGCAAAAGACAUUAGAAAGAAGAUUAAAGCUGAGCGCGUUACCGGGAGCGAGGACGCGCAUCAGGAAUCCUCAGCGUCUCUACUUUUGUCCAUUUUGCAAUAAUUGUUUUUUUUCUACAUUUUGUGCUGAACUUCGUGCGCGCUUCUUCUUCUUCUUCUUCUUGCAAACUUUUGGUGCCGCAUCUGUCCCGUUUUUCCAGCCGCAAGAAAACAAAUGUCAAAACAACGAUCUUUUUUUUUUUUUUUUUUAAUCAGCACUUGGGAAUAAUUUCUUGCUUUUUUUUCUUGAGAGCGAUGAAAAAGACACUGCGAAGCCUCUAACCAGACCAAACAACCGGAGGACGGCACGGGAAGCACCGGGCCGGGGGACACUGAAGGGACUUGACGGAAGGAAGCACACUUUCUUUUCCACGCAAAGUGGUCAAAGUUGUCCUCGACAUCAUGGACGCGCGAAGUUAACCCGCUGCCCUGGGGUUUGAGGGUUUGGGGGGGGGGUUGUUACGCGGAGCAUUACGCGUGGCGCAUUACGCGUGACGCGCGGACGGUAAUGCAAACAAAUAAACAAAGAAAGCGACGAAUUCCCGGCACUCGCGUGGCAGAAAAAAAGGGAAAAGAAGCUGCUGACCUUCCUGUGCUGAAGACCCCCCCGAGUGCUUGGCGUUAAUACGGGAUUUGGAGCUCUGCGCGAAGAGGAGGAGGAGGAGGAGGAGGAUAGAGAGCACGCUCAUACACUCAUAGAGAAAGGGAGGAAGAGAGAGACAGAUAGUUCGAGGGCGAAGCGGCUAAUUGCCGAGUCCGUCCCUCAUUUCCAUAUCCGGCUGGAGCUCGGCCAAUCCUCCGAUCGCGCAGCGCCGAUAAUCGCGAUGAAUUAUUCACGAUCAUAAUUAUAGACUGGACUUUCGCGUGCCACAGUCGCAACCUCUAUCAUUUGCCGUCAUUAUUCUUUUUGAUCCCUUUUCCUCCCCUGACUUUAUUCUGAGCGCGUUUUUUUGUUUGUUUUGUUUUUGUACUUUUUUUUUUUUUCAUAUAUAAAAUCUUUUUUUUUUUUUUUUUGGUUAUUGCUCUUGCCUUCUCUGCACCGCUCCGUCCGCCGCCGAUGCGCGUGCAAAAAGCGGGGCCGGGUGGCAGCGGAUCAUCUUCAUCAUCCUCCCCAUUACCUUCAUCACAAUGUCCCGACGGAAACAGGCCAAGCCGCAGCAUCUCAAGUCGGACGAGGAGACCUCGGCGCUCGGGCUGGCCCCGGAGAACGCCUCAGGUGAGAUCCUGGACGAUGCCGACAGCGGUAAUGAGAGCCGCAGCGGUAGCGAGGAGACCCAUGUGUGUGAGAAAUGCUGCGCCGAGUUCUUCAAAUGGUCUGACUUCUGCGAACAUCUGAAGAGCUGCACCAAGAACCCACUUGUGCUUAUUAUUAGUGAGAAUGAGGUCACACCGGACCUGACACAGGAGUACCCAACUGAGCCCUCACCCGUGCCCAGCUGUCCGAGUGAGCCUGCAGAUAGCGAGGAGGCAGCUGAGGGCAGGCACAGCCCAGCUGAAGUAGACGACGGUGCCGAAAUGACUUUGGAGCAAAUGACCACCCUUGACAAAGAGGAUGAGCCCAUGGAUGUGGAAAUGUCUCCUGAGAAAACACUGGACCAUGAGGAUCCAGAUAUAUCACCAGAGCCUGAUGUCAGCCUACCCCAGCUUGACACAGCCCAAACAUCUAGGACAGUUUACAGCAUUCCCAGCACAAAUGUCACUCUGGAAACAUUGCAUGGAACCCGAGUGGCUGUGGCACAAUUUGCCCAAAGCUUCCGUGGGGCAAUAGCUAGUGGCAUGUCCACCAUGGCCAUCCCUAUGAUCCUGGAUCAGCUGAUGGCUUUACAGCAGCAGCAAAUUCACCAGCUUCAGCUAAUAGAACAGAUCCGUAGCCAAGUGGCCCUAAUGAACAGGCAGAAACCUGCACAGGCGGCUCUUAGCCAUCAUGCACACCACAAUACAAAUAGUGGCCCACAGCCAUCUUCUGCCACUGGCCUUCCCACAAUCCCCGGUCAGCUCCAGCUACAUGGAUUUAUUACACCACCUGUCCACCAGCUCCCUAUAAGGGUGCCACCUACUUUGAAUACCCAAGGCCCAGUCUCAUUAUCUUCUGCCUUGGAAGUGGGUCACUCCCAUGUCUCACAGACAGGUAGCCAGCUGUCUAAUUCUUUAAUGAACAGCAACACCUCAACAAAUUCCUCAUAUCCACCAUCCAGCUGUAGCGUGGUUCCUUCCCUGUUGCCACUUCAGAGUUCAGUAAGUAGCAGCAGCAGCAGCAACAGCUGCAGCAAUGGUGCUGGAACUGGCAUUAGUAGCAGCGUUUCCCUCCCUAGAAACACGUCAAGUCCUCCAACACUGACUCAUGGAACCUUGCUGAGCUCCCCUUCCAACCUUCCGCUUAUGCCCCCCAGUUCCUCAAGUAGUGUCAUCUUCCCGAAUCCACUGGCCAGUAUUGCAGCCACAGCCAAUGCACUUGAUCCUCUCUCUGCCCUAAUGAAGCACCGCAAGGGAAAACCUCCUAAUGUCUCUGUAUUCGACCCAAAGCCGAGCUCAGAAGACCCAUUCUUUAAACAUAAAUGUAGGUUUUGUGCUAAGGUGUUUGGUAGUGACAGUGCCCUUCAAAUACACCUUCGUUCACAUACUGGAGAAAGGCCUUUCAAGUGCAACAUUUGUGGUAAUCGCUUUUCUACAAAAGGAAACUUGAAGGUCCAUUUCCAGAGGCACAAGGAAAAGUACCCACACAUUCCAAUGAAUCCCUAUCCAGUGCCUGAGUACCUGGACAAUGUGCCAACCAGCUCAGGCAUUCCUUAUGGCAUGUCGCUGCCUCCAGAGAAGCCUGUUACCACAUGGCUAGACAGCAAGCCUGUUUUGUCCACAGCUCCAACCUCAGUGGGGCUGCAGCUUCCCCCAACCUUGCCCAGCAUGAUAGGGGGGUAUGGAGAUUCACCAAGUCUUACUCCGAUAAGCAGAUCACCUCCAAGACCAUCACCCCCAUCAAGUGAGUGUGCAUCUCUGUCACCUAAUGUUAUCAGUACUGAAGUAAGCACAACUCUCACUUCAGCAUCUCCACAGCCAACCAUGGGAAGUGAUGUACCCCCAGUUUUGAAGCCAGAGGGGAUUCAUUUGCCAUCUAACUGCACCACCAGGCUUGGGGAGACCAGCAUGCCCUCAAGUACUGUGAGCCAGAUUGUGCUGUCAUCCACAACCACUACCACAACCACUACCACCACUCAGAUCACAGAUUCAUUGACCCCUCCGUCCUCUGGCUCGAAUUCUGCCCUUCCAAUGAUUUCAGAUCAGUUCAAGGCCAAGUUUCCUUUUGGAGGCCUCCUGGACUCUAUGCAAACAUCAGAAACCUCAAAGCUGCAGCAGCUGGUGGAAAACAUUGACAAAAAGAUGACAGACCCCAACCAGUGUGUCAUCUGCCAUCGUGUGCUCAGCUGUCAGAGUGCCCUCAAGAUGCACUAUCGUAUCCACACUGGAGAAAGGCCUUUUAAAUGCAAAAUAUGUGGCCGUGCUUUCACUACUAAGGGCAACUUGAAAACGCACUUUGGGGUCCACAGGUCAAAGCCACCUCUACGAGUGCAGCACUCAUGUCCUAUAUGUCAGAAGAAGUUUACUAAUGCUGUAGUGUUGCAACAGCAUAUUCGCAUGCACAUGGGAGGUCAGAUUCCAAACACACCACUUCCUGAAGGGUUUAAAGACAUGGACACAGAUUUUAACUUUGACGAGAAAAGUGUAGACAACAUGAGCAAUUAUGAUGAUGAGCUGAUUGAUGAGAUGGAACAGGCCAUAGAUGAUGAUGUAGAUCUCAGAGAUGGAGACAUUGACCUAUCAAAACCGUUGCAUUUAUACGGAGACAUGUCUCCUAGCAACUCUCCGCCAACUCCAGUCAUCUCCAGCAUUGCUGCUUUGGAAAACCAAAUGAAGAUGAUUGACUCGACGGCGAAUAUGAACCGCGCCUUUAGUCUGAAGCCCUCAGAAAAUGGAGGUGGAAUCAGUGGAGAAAGCGGAGAUGUUUUUAACAACGACUCAUCCUCUGCCAUGGGAGACAUCGAGAGUCACAGUGUGGGAAGUCCUGCCCUGUCUGAGUCAUCAGGCUCUAUGCAGGCUCUAUCUCCAGCUCAUAGUCAGCCCGAGAGCCAUCGUUCCAGGUCUCCAGGUAUGGUCAAUAACAAUAACAGCAAUGAGGAUGAUGAUGUCCAGGACUCCGGUGUAGCCACAGCAACUGUGAAGUCUGAAAAGUCAGACACCCCAUCUCCAGGUUCUUUACCAGCUGAUCACACUGGUGUGCUAGACCUAACAUCUGCUCAGCCCGCCAGCAGGCCCUAUGUUAAAGAGGAGAACCAGUUCAGCAUGCUGUUCUUAGGAAGAGAUCGAGGUUUAACCCCAUUAAGCUUGAUGAGCUCAGCCCCAGGCCUAGUCAAACUCGAGAUGAACGGCCACAGCAAACCCCUGUCUUUGAGCGAGGGCUCGCACUUGCACAUGGGCCUUCAGGUGCCAGCCACAGCACCUCAGACAACAAUGAGUCCCGGUCUCAACCCAAUGCUGGCACCGCCUCCACCACGCCGGACUCCCAAGCAGCACAACUGCCAUUCUUGUGGAAAAAACUUCUCCUCCGCCAGUGCCCUGCAGAUCCACGAGCGCACACACACCGGAGAAAAACCCUUUGCCUGCUCUAUCUGUGGUAGAGCCUUCACCACGAAGGGCAAUUUGAAGGUUCACAUGGGCACCCACAUGUGGAACAAUGCCCCAGCCAGACGGGGGCGACGUCUCUCAGUGGAAAACCCCAUGGCCCUGUUGGGUGGCGAUGCAAUGAAAUUCAGCGAGAUGUUUCAGAAAGACCUGGCAGUUCGGGCAAUGAAUGUAGACCCAGGGUUUUGGAACCAGUAUGCUGCGGCCAUCACCAACGGACUGGCCAUGAAGAACAAUGAGAUUUCCGUCAUCCAGAACGGGGGCAUUCCUCCACUUCCUGUUAGCCUCGGAGGGGGCAGCAUACCGUCUCUGGCUAGCAUGUCAGGGGGUAUGGAGAGGGCACGCACAGGCAGCAGUCCUCCAAUGACUGGCCUCGAGAAAACAAGCCUAGAGUUGGGAACUGGACGUCCCUUUUCCAGGUUCCUGGAGGACAACAAAGAGAUUGGAAUCAAUUGAUAAGCUGAAAGACGCAAACAGACUGGGUAAAGACUUUUGAGGUUUUCUUCUUAUCCAGUUUGGUCUCUUAUGUACUAUAUUAUGUACAGCUAAAGUUUGAUAUUCUGUUGGUUUUGGAUCUAUAGUAUUCGGUAUUGAGUAGAAGUAUUUCCCCAUCCUCCUGUUCCGACUAUGAAGAAAAGAACAAAAAAAAAAAAACGCUCCAUGUUUGAGAAUUUGUCGUCUUGCAAGAUUUGCAUGGUACUUUUAUUGUUUUUUAACAGUACAUUCGACUGCUUUUAAGGAUUAUGUCACAUUAAAGAAAAAUAUCUUUACUCAGUUGAUCUCAGAAAAGAAAGUGAAAAAGAAGAAAUGAAUGAAGAACAAUCUCAAUGUGGAUAGACUGACUAAUGUUUAUCUUGUUUCAGUGUGUGUUUUGAGGUUCAAGACACGGGAUUAGGCGAAAUCGAAAUACAUUGUCGUAAACGUGUGCUUAUUUUGUUUUGUUUUUUAUUUCACUCAUGAAGUAGAUACUUGAUGGAAAAAAAUGUUUAAACUAUUUUAAUCUUUGCAUUUAGUCUCUUGGCAUUGUCUUAUAUUAAUGUCCGGUGUCUUUAGUAUUUAUAAUAUACACGAAAAAGCGGGUAUAAGAAAAUAUAUUUAACAGCCCCAGAACAUUUUAUUGAUUCUUUUUGUUUUUGUUUUUCUAAACUUUAGACUUCUAUUACGGCUGUCUCUUUCGAUAAAGACAAAAAAAAAAAAAAAACGUCUCUUCAUCUGGCCGAUGUGGACACAUUGCGAAGUUCUAUUUGGAAAUCUAGCACAUGUCGGUGUAAAUGAACCUGGUACAAGAUGAGAAAGUUAGAAUAUUGAAAAAGCUGCUGCCUUUACAGACUCGCUUUUAACCUUUGUAAAGACGAGAGACAGAGAUAUACAGAAACUUAUUGUGUAUAGAGUAAAAAAAAAAAAAAACGCGAAAAAAAAAAAUGGUAUGCAUAUUUUGUAUCAUGAAGAAAAAAAGAUAUCCUGAUUUGAAAUUUGUCAUGUUUGUGAAUGCACUUUUUAGAGGAACGGUCUUGUCUGUGACUUAUCAUUAAUGAUCUGACUGAACUAUCUAUCUCAUUUUUGUUUUGUUGGUUUUUUUGUUUUUUUUUUAUUUUGCCCGUGGGGUUCUUAAAAGGAGUCACUCAGAACCUUCUGGAAAGAAAAAAAACAAAGAAGGGGUGAAGGAGUGGGACAGAUACAGCCCUGUACUGAAAUCCUCACCCCUUCACUCACAUCAAAUAAUAAAAUUGUGAGAAAGGA